AUGAAAAAAGGACCUAUUGCAGAAGAGAAACCAAAAAAAGACGCCAUGGCAACCAAACCAUUCCCAAUGAAAGGGUUAGUUUUUAACAAAAAUGCAAUAACAAAAGGGAAGCCUCAGAUUCUUCAGAUAGUCAAGACAGCAAAAACAAAAGAUAAGAAACAAAGCUUGAAUGAAGAUAUAGAAGCAUCUCCAUCUACAUCCUCUCCAAAAACUCUUAUGGCUGGUAAAUCGUACUUAAUGCUAAACAUGAAAGUGAAAAAGAAAGAGGAUAAGAACAGUCUAAACCCAAGAGAUGAACCUGACAAUGAAAAACAAAAUGAAGAUAUUAUGAAAGAACGGCAAAGUAACGGCCAGUCAAAAAAUCUUGGAUUAGCGCUUGCAAAGGUAAAAAUGGCUUCUAUGAGGUAUCAAACCAGGAAGAAUCAAAGAAUGUUAGAUGAGCUUGCAUUGGUAGAUGAACCUGUAGAAGCAACAAAUUCUAAAGUCACAAAAUCCCUAGUAGCUCAACGGAAGAGCAUCAAUACACUGCGACGUGUCUCUGGAUGGAUACAGAAAAAGAUUCCAAAAAGUACCAGCUUACGGACUAAGUUGACUACAGUUUCCAGAGCUAUUGGCAUCACCAGAUGGCUCUCGGCACAAGCCGCAAAGCACCAGAGAAGUAACAAAAGUUCUAAGCAGAAUGUCUUCCACCGGAAGGUGAUUAAGGGUAUUUCCAGUACUGCUACACUAGCCAGAAAGAAGGCUCAGUUGCCAAUUAAAGGAGCAAAAGACUUUGAGGAGGAGAUGACAACUUAUCGAGAGAAGCAAAGAGUCAUGAAGGAAGAAACACAAGAUGCCUCUUCUGAUGACCUUAGCUCAUCACCCCAAGCUAAUGAUAGUCAUAGCGAACCAGAAGAAAAAGCAAAUUCCAUAGACCCUAAAUAUGCUAUCGUCUUCCCAAGGAUGCACAAGAUUGGCAAGGGCAAGGGAGGUUCGCCUUCCUCCACCAGUGCAAGCACUGCAAGCACUGUCAAAGAACCAAAGCGUGUUCCUCCAAAGCCAGGUGCUCGCCUUGUUCUCCCAGUACAGCCUGAUCUAACCCUCCUGAAGUCGAUCAAAAAGAUCUCUCACAAGGAAGAUCAGCCUAAGAGUAGAACAAUAGAUAAGAAUGUAGAGGACAAAGCAUUAGAGAAAUUGGACACUGCACAAUCACUAAUUUUUGGGAAAGGACAUAGCACAAUACAGUCAGCUAGAGGAAAACUACACUUAAAGCCAGGGGUAUCUGAGCUACCAUUAUCUAAGAAUUUAUCUGGAACAGAAUUAAAGUUGAAAGAGGGUAUAGGUAAAAAUAAAAACAAAAAUGAAUCAGUUGAUAAAGCAAUGGAGGCACAAGAAGAAAGGAGAGUUAUAACGCCGUCCUUCUACGAGGAGGAAGCUGACCGAGAAGUGGCAGAGUUGAUGGGUGAAGAUACUUUCUCCACUUCAGUGGAGGUGCAUUGGGCUCAGGAUCACCCAUUCCGGAGUGAUCCUCAGGACUGGCUGAAAGCAGAGACCCUGCUUCCACACCAAACUGUUGAGAAGCUCAGCAAAUGGUCCAUAUACCAGGAGACAGAACAGUGUCAUACUAUUCCAAUCCAAAAUGGUAAGGGACCGUGGGAAGCAGAGGAUGUCGUUCAAAAUAUGCUGGAAAGCCGACUCACCAACACACAGGUAUAUAUGAAAGACACCAAGCAAAUCUUGGAAGUGGAUGAAGUGGAUGAUUUGUCACGGCUUGAAGAAGUGUGUGAGAGUUCUGUGCUGCUCAAUCUGAAAAAAAGAUUUCAUCGAGACUUGAUUUAUACGUACAUCGGAAACAUGCUGCUGUCAGUCAACCCCUUUAAGCCCCUCGGUAUCUAUUCAGAGGAGGUGGGUGUGCAGUAUCAAGGCAAGUUGUUGCAGCAGAACUCACCUCACGUUUAUGCUGUAGCAGAGGAAGCCUUCUGCCACUCCCAGAGUUCAACCCAAGAGCAGUGCAUCGUCAUUAGUGGGCAGAGCGGUUCUGGGAAGACAGAAGCGACCAAGCGUAUCGUACAGUACCUGAGCUGCAUGUACCAGGGGAUGGCUGACGGUGUGAGGCAGCCCUUGGAUGUCUUGCCCAUUCUGGAGAGCUUUGGCAAUGCCAAGACCAUCCUUAACAACAAUUCAAGUCGUUUUGGCAAGUACCUGCACAUCCAUAUUCGGCAUGGUGUAGUGGUGGGGACCUCUCUUUCACACUACCUCCUUGAGAAAUCCCGAGUUGUGUUUCAGGCCCAAGGGGAGAGGAACUACCAUGUGUUCUAUGAGAUGCUGGCUGGGCUAAAUGACUGGGACAAACAGGAGCUGUACUUACAGGGAGCAGAGACAUACUUCUACCUCAAUCAGGGUGGCACUUGUGAGCUGGAGGGCAAGUGGGACAGAGAAGACUUUGUGACAUUAGUCCGCUGCUUGGAGACUAUCGAUCUGCAUGCGGAUCAGCUGUCCUCUGUGUGGGCCAUUCUGUCAUCUAUCCUGCAGCUGGGCAACAUCUGCUUCAGCUCUUAUGAGAGCGAGUCGCUGGAGGUGGCACGUAUCUUCAGUGAGGCUGAGGCGAGGCGUGUGGGCAGCCUGCUGCAGGUGUCUGCAGAGGCCCUCCAGACCGUCAUUACCCACCGCGUCACAGAAACAACCUAUGAUAGAAUCUACUGCCCCCUAUCAGUGGAAGGUGCCAUAGAGUGCAGAGACGCCAUAGCCAAAACGCUCUACUCAGUGCUGUUUAACUGGCUGCUGGAUCGCAUCAACGAGUGGCUCAUUCCUACAGAGAUGGACAGCACCGUUGGAAUCGUGGACAUAUAUGGGUUUGAGGACUUGGGGGUAAACAGCUUUGAGCAACUGUGCAUUAAUUUUGCCAAUGAACAGCUGCAACAUUUCAUCAAUAAGGCAGUGGUAUCGCAGGAGCAGGAAGAGUACAAUGCAGAGCAGAUCAAAUAUUACCCCGUGACCGUCCAGAACAAUGACUCCUGCCUGGAGCUCAUCUCUGCUCGGCCCUACGGCAUCCUUCGCAUCCUGGAUGACCAAACCUGCCUCCCUCAGGCCACAGACCAUACCUUCCUGCAGAAGUGCCAUUAUCACCAUGGAGGAAACCCACUUUACACCAAACCAAAGAUUCCACUGCCCACCUUCACAAUAUACCACUAUGCAGGGGCUGUUACCUACCAGGUACACAAUUUCCUGAACAAGAAUCAUGACCACUUUCGUCCAGAGGUUCUUGAGCUUUUUGCACGGAGUCGACUGAAGAUGGUGUCCAGUCUGUUUCGCAAAGUGCAGGAGGGUUACCUGCAGCAGAAGGAGCUGGGCCUGCGUGGCCGGGGCCACCGGCAGCUGGUCACCACUGUGGCAGCGCACUUCCAGCAGUCACUCUCAGAGCUGACCAAACGACUCGAAAGGUGUAAAACUACAUUUGUACGCUGCUUCAAGCCCAAUUACAUGAAGUUACCGGGCAUAUUUGAUGUAGACUAUAUGACGCAGCAGCUACGGCAUGCUGGGAUACUGCAGGCUAUUCACAUCAGGAAAGAGGGAUAUCCCAUUCGGAUUCUUUACUCCUACUUCAUUGACAGGUAUGGGGUUCUCAUGCCUCAGCGCACAGCAGACCUACCUGAGAGGGAGUUCGUUGUAGCACUGCUAGGCUCCAUUCCAGGUGUAGAGGUGGAGCAGUAUCAGCUGGGUCUGACCAAGGUGUUCCUGAAGGAGGUGCUGUACCAGAAGGUGGAGGAGCGAUGGAAGAGCACGCAGACCUGGGCUGCUAUCACACUACAACGGAAUAUCCGUGGUUUUAUCUGCCGUCGUAAUUACCGCUACUUCCGGCAGAAGGCCAUCGUCCUCCAGUCACAUAUCCGGGGCCACCAGGCCAGGAAGCACUACAAGAGAAUGAAGCAGUCCUUCACCCAGUUUUGGGCAACUAUGAUGAUCACCAGAAACACCUUAAAGAGGCAGCAGUGGCGAGGACGCAGAAAGAAGAACCUAUUGAGUGAUAACACAGUGACGGGGAAAACCCAGUCUGAUUCUGCUGGAAUGGAUGUGGGAAUGUUAGAGAUCCCAGUGGAGCUCUCUGCCAGACUGCGUGGAGCGACUGGGCGACGUCCUGGCUCUGGGGUCACGGAGGUGGCCCCUCCACAGGUCAAAGCGGAGCACAACCUCGCACUGCCCCAAGAUAUUAACAGCUUUCCCUUCUCCCGAUAUGCCAACACUGAGCUGAAGGAUGGAUGGUGCCAGGCCGAAGGUUACCCUCUUCAGUGGCCUCUGACUUCCCUGAGCCCUGAAGAUGCCAGCACGGCCCUAGAGAUUAAUAAAUUGAUUCUGCGCUUUUCUGGGGACUCUGAACUUGGGGGAUGGCAAGAGCAGAUGCUGGGGAACUACAUAAUUGAGAAGGGGCUGGCAAAACCUUCUCUGAGGGAUGAGAUCCUGUCCCAACUGGUUUUUCACACUUGGGGCGUAGAGGGCGGGGAGACAGCCUUGCGGGGCUGGCUGCUGAUGGCCUGCUGCCUGAGUACAUUCACCCCCUCUCCAUCCUUGGAUAAGCCCCUGCUGAAGUACGUGUCAGACCAUGGGCCAGGAAAAUACCGAUCGCUAUGCCAACAUAAGCUGCUUACUUCCCGGCCACAACCAGCCCCAGCCUGCAGAGUCUAUCCUGCUACACAGCUGGAGUGGACAGCCAAUCAGAGGACAGGAAAAAUGGUUCUGGAUGUCGACACCUUCAAUGAGGAAACACUAACAGCAGAGGUGGAAUCCUGGACUACAGGGGAGCAGCUGGCCUUAUGGGUGCUCAGAUUCAGGGGUUUGCCAGAAGCUCCGCGCGGAUGGUCCGUUUCGCUCCUGGCUGGGGAUCGUUGGACAGACCUGGCUGGCAGUGACUUUGUCAUGGACCUUCUGGCGGAGGGGGAGGCUGAUGUCCCACAGGCUGAGCUACUGCCACCACCACCUCCACCAGCCAAUGAAUACCUCUUCAGCUCCCAGAGGAACAUGAUGAUGAACCUACAUGAUGAUGAGUUCAUUCCUCCUGCUCCAUCGAUGCCGGCCCCAGGACUGCCAGUCUCUGAGGCUUCCUGGAGCAGUAGUGAUUACCCUUCUGUGGAAGGUUCCAGAGGUCGGCAGUUUGACACUUUUGUGGAUGACCUUUUUGACCCUGUGUGGGACCAAGCUGUGCCUGACGCGGAGAGAAUGGCUAUGCUGAACCGACGUUUGAGGGGAGGGGGUGGUAUUGGCCCCAUGCAUCCUGGAAUAUAUCCUACCACGGGUGUUCCAAUGACAAUGCCAAUGGCAGGUUAUUCCAUGGGGAUGCCCGCAGUGCCCAGCUAUCCAGCUGUGCCUGCCAUGCCGGCAGCAGCCCCAGUGUUUCCCAGCAUGCCUGGUAUGAUGAUGCAACCUGCCAUGCCCCAGCCUGCACCAGUAAUGGAUCCCCAGCAGAUGGCAGCACAGCAACAGGCCUUCAUCAGCCAGCAGGCUUUUGUCAUGGCUCAACAGAUGACUCUGCAGGCCAUAAGCCUUUCACAGCAGCAGCAGCAGGAGCAGCUACAGAGGGAGCGGCAGCAGCAGCAGGAGCAGCUACAGAGGGAGCGGCAGCAGCAGCAGGAGCAGCUACAGAGGGAGCGGCAGCAGGAGCAGCUACAGAGGGAGCGGCAGCAGCGUUUGGAGCAGCCACCGCGACAGAUAGUGCCAAGAGCAGCACCUGUACCUUCCCCUCAACCAUCUCCCAAGACUGCUCCCUACCAGGAGACCCCAGAGUCUCAGCCUAGGCACAGUACCCCAGAGCCAGAGGAGAUUGUAGACACUUCUACGACUGAUGAGCUAGAAUCCUUUAAAGAGAAGAGAGACUUUUUCCAGAAGAUUGAAGGAUCACAAAAAGUGAAUCCUCCACCAAAGCCUCCGAAACCACGGCCAUCCCCCCUUCAGACGGUGGAAAGGACAAGCAUGCCGGAAGAGCCCAAGCCUCCAUCUUCAAGGACACCCAAAGCAAAGCCACCUCCUGAACCAAAACCAGUGAAAGAUGACCCCCCCUCUCCCACCUCUCCUAAACCACAACCUAGCAGCCACAUACGAGAAAUUGUCAAACUGUAUCAGAGCCGCCCUCUUCCUGAGGCUGUACCAUUCAAACCUGUGAGGAUUCCUGCAAAAUCUUUUGUGAAGAAAAAUGACCCUAAAGAAGAGGCACUGGCAAUUCUAAAGGCAAAUGCACCAGCUGUGCCUUCCAAGAAAGAACAAGUUCCUCUUCCAGCGCUUCAGAACCAAACAUCAGUGUCCCCUCCUCCAAACUCUCAGAGGUCCAUCUCAAAAGAAAUGAGGCAAAAGCAGCAGUCCUUAGCUGACCUUUUCGGCUCUACCCGCUUCAAAAACCCACCCCCUCCACCAAAUCUCCCCCCUCCACCUCCUGAGCCCCUCCCUGCCUUCAUCCCAGACCCUCCACCAAUGAUGGCUCCAGUAAUCAGUGAACGUAAAAGACUCACCAGUGAGGAGACCAUUGUGUCACAGCUAGACAAAUUCUCAGCCAGUGUUUACUUCUCAUACUCUAACAUGCCUGGUAAAUUCUUCCUGCGAAAAGAGGUGUUCUACCCCCGGGAGAAGUUUAACCAUCCUUAUGUCCUUAACCUUCUGUGCGAGCAAAUCAUGAGGGACACCUACUCAGACUCCUGCAUACGUAUCUCCAGAGAGGAACGGCGGAAGAUGAAGGACCUGCUGGCUGGAUUUCACAUAGGCACCAGUAUCCGCGCAGUGCAGGAUGACACUGUAAAGAAGAGGAUCAUAAUGGCAGCCCGUGACAACUGGACCAAUUACUUCUCACGCCUCUUCCCCGUGACAGGUGGGAAUUCUGGAGACACAGAGGCACUGGGGGUGUCGCACCGUGGGAUUCGCUUGCUGCGAGUUGCCAGGGCGUCAGGCAUCAACCCAAAACACCUCAAGGUGCUCCGUAGCUACAGCUACGCAGAGGUGCUGUCUGUGGAGCAGAGAGGGCCACACGUCAUGGAGUUCCUGCUGAAAAGCGAGCAGCUAGAGCUACAUUCCCCUCGGACCCCACAAAUUGUUGCUAUGGUUCGGUUCUUCAUUACUGAGCUUCUCAAGGACUCAGCCCAUGUGGUGGCCCUAAAGAGCUACGUGACCGAUGAUAAGAGCCUGCUAAGCUUCCAGAAGGGGGACAUCAUUAAGCUACUCCCCAUGGAAGAGACACAAGCAGGUUGGAAGUUUGGCUCCAUCGGUGGGCGCUGUGGUCUUUUCCCCGCCAAGCUGACCCAGCCUGCGGCCCCCCCAGACUAUCACUGCACCCAGAUCGAACGGCGUGACGAGCUCCGAAAGAGCUUGCGAGUGAAGCCUCCCUCGGACCCGCCACAGAAACAGUCGACGAGGUCCUCACCUCCAGACACCCCCGUGAUGGGCGAGCACAGGCAUGAGGGCUCGCCGCCGGUCUCCGAUGGCGACGGCCAGGAGUUCUUCCUCAUGGAGUUUGCAACAAAGUACUUCAGGGAGGCUGCGACGGGAUUGGGCUGGAAAGGUUUAGCUGCAGAGGGAAGAAGCUGUGCAGAGAUGGUUCAGCACACAAAGGUUCCCAUUCAGGAAUCCCUGAUCUUCUACUCAGACAAUGAGCUGAACGAGCUUGCAGCACAGUGCUUCAUGAGCGUGAUGCGAUUUAUGGGGGACCAGCCUUUGAUGAAGCACCAGACGGAGGGAGAUUGUUUAAACAGCAUCUUGCAGCUGGGGAAGGAGAAGGAGUUCCUGAGGGAUGAGAUCUACUGCCAGGUGAUAAAGCAGACGACCCAAAACCCACGCAAGGAGAGCUGUACCCUUGGCUGGCGUCUGAUGAAUCUGGUGACAGGUUUCUUCCCAUGCUCGAGCACCCUGAGGCCCUAUAUUGUCCGACAUCUGAAGGACUGCGCCCAAGACACUGCACACCCCUAUCAGGAGCUGUCCCGCACCGCUGAGGAGAAUCUGACACGCUCCCUGACCUACGGUGGCCGCAGACACGUCCCCUCUCAAGUGGAGAUCGGUGCCAUCUUGGCAGGCAGAAGCUCGCGGCGCUUCCCCAUCUCGCUCCCGGGAGGAGAGGAGUUCUCGUGUAAGAUGCGCAGCUUCAGUGUGGCGCUGGACGUGAUGAAGGAGCUGUGCACGGAGAUGGGCGUGGUGAAUCCUGCAGAGGUCAUGGAGUUCUCCAUCCGAGCUAUCCGGAGCAAGGAUGAAUUCGUGCGCCCCAUUCAACCGGAUGAGUACUUGUUUGACUUCAUUUUGGACAGUGACUCCAUUAUCCUCUCAUUCCGCCGGAUUAUCUGGACGACGCAGCUGCACUUCGAGAAUGACCUGUACAUCGCGUUCCACUACCAGCAGGUCCUUGCUGAUUACCUUGAAGGGAAGCUUUUGCUUCCAGUCAGCGGUGCCUCUGGUCUCCAGGCAAUGACAGAUAUGGCUGUUUUUCAGCACCUGGCACUGGGACUGAAAACCCAACCCACCCAGCAUGAGUUGAAAGAAUACCUCCCUCAGACUGAGAGGAGCAAAGCCAAGCUUCAGCAGCUGCAUUCUGCAGUAAACAGACAGCUGGAUGGCGCACAACAUUUAAGCCCCCGUGAUGCCAAAAUACGCUGCCUUGAAACCAUCAGGAAUCUGCCUCUCUUUAGCUGCAAUAUCUUUCAGGCCCAGAAAGUCAGCCACUAUGAGUGUCCAUCCCCUUGCCUUGUUGCUGUCAAUGAUGAAGACGUUUUGUUUUUGAAUCCGAGAACACAGGAGAUUGCUUUCAAGAUCCCUCUGACUGAAGUGCAGUCCCUCCGAUCAAAAAAAGAAAAGUUGCCUCAAAUGGAAAUAAGCUAUGGUCACCCCACCUACCCAAAAACAAUAACAAUCCACCUCAAACAGGCCAAAGAGUUAUGCCACACCAUUGCAACCAUUAUGGAGGAGCUGGUGCGACCACAGCCCGGCAGCACUAGGUCAAGAUCGUCUACUGGGACACCAUCUCGGCACCCGUCGGCCAUGUCCUCAGUGAGCUAAAGCACCACUGCUUCACAUACCACCUGAGUGGUGAGGAUAGUCCAGCUAGUAAAUAGUACGUAUGACUGGUACUGAAGACCCAGUUGCUGCUCACUGAUCAAAGGCAACUGCUGUCAUACUUUGAUGUUCAUAAAUGAACAAGGGGAAACCAUCCAAUAUUGGUAGUGACUUUUAUAGAGAUAUUUCUAUAAUCACUUAUCAAAAUAUUUCAGUUAGCUCAUGUAUUUUAUUUGUACCGGAAAUGUUUGGCUUAAAAGUUCUAUAUCCAGCUUUUAAAUUCACAGUAAACUACUAAUAACCUGUAAUUUUUAAAAAAAUUCCUUUUCGAGAUUGAAUACUACUUUGCACAGUGUAAAUUUUAUACAUUGCAAUCAACAAAUGCAAAAAUUAAAAAGCACUUUUAUGAGAUUCCUUUCACAGUA